GUGGUGAUCAAGCGGAUCUGCGCAGAGCCCGGCCCUUGGCAUGGUGCCCGCAGGCAGGAAGCACCCGGGGAAGGCGGGGAAGGCACCCACCGAGGAGCAGCCGGGGAAAGCCUUCGGCUCCGACAGGGUCGUGCGCGGCCUGAGCGGCUCCGAGGAGGAGGACGAGGAGGACUCGGCGUCUGCAGGAAAGAUUCCAGUAAUUGAAAAGCGUGGGAAAAAAAGGUCUUCAGAAAUCCUGGAAGAUAUGGGGGGUGAAGUACAGAAUAUGCUGGAAAAAUUUGGAGCUGACAUUAACAAGGCCCUCCUUGCCAAGAGAAAAAGACUAGAAGUAUAUACCAAGGCUUCUUUCAAAUCCAGUAGCCAGAAAAUUGAACAUGUUUGGAAAACACAGCAGGAGCAAAGGCAGAAACUUAACCAAGAGUUCUCUGAGCAGUUCCUGGCUGUGUUUCAGCAGUGGGAUGCAGAUCUGAAGAAGGCGGAGGAGCAGGAAGAGAAGCUGGUGAGUAUAAUGCGCCAACAACAGAAGGUUUUUCAACAGUCCAGAGCUGUUCAGAACCAGAGACUGAAGACGGUCCGACAGUUGUACGAGCAGUACGUAAAGAGUCUGGAGGACUUGGAGAAGAAUCACGAUAAUCUACUUAAUGGGACACAAAAUGAACUUAAAAAAGAAAUGGCCAUGUUGCAAAAGAAGAUUAUGAUGGAAACUCAGCAGCAAGAGAUGGCAAGUGUCCGCAAGUCUCUGCAGUCCAUGUUACUCUGACGGGUGACUCUUGGGAGAGAGGACG